AUGGAAAUUUUAUUAAUUUUAUUAAAUAAAAUAUAAUAGAUUUAUGAUGGCAUAUUAAAUUUAAUAAAAGAUAAUGCAAACAAUAUGAUAUUGCAAGGAUACUUGCAAAAGAAGCUUAAAACUCCAAAAUUUGCUUUAACAGUUGAGAAAUAAGUAGCAAAAUUUAUAUAUGAUGAAAUGCCUCAAAUAUGGUAUAAUGCAUUAGAAUUAAAAACAAAAUCUUCAGAUAGCUGGGAUUUCAAGAUAAUUGGUUUGACAUUUGGCGGAGAUAAUUUACUACCACUUGCUCACUAUCAAACUAUUGAAUUAAGUUUAAAUUAAUAUACUCAAUUUCCAAAAGGCAUUUUUAACUAUUUUAUGAAAAAAUAUGAUAAAUUAUUUACAGUCUUUGGAAAGAUAGCUUUUUUAUAAAAUUGUAAAAAUUGUGACUGCUUAGAUUAAUAUAACUUUCCUGAAAUUAAAAUUUAUACAGAGAAAGUUAUGAUCAAGCUCACUGCAAAACAAUAUUUUAAUGUAAAUAAAGCAAAUAGUACUAAAUGCUGUAUAGAAUAAUCACUUGAUAAAUUCUAUUUGUCACAAUCCUUUUACUAGCAUUAUUCUAGCAGAAUAAAUUAAUAUUAUGGAGAUACAAUUCUUUCAGUACUUUAUCAUUAUAAGCUCAAUGACUAUGAUAGCUUUAAUAUAUAUUGUAAUAAAAUUUGA